GUAUAAUAUAAUUUUGUUUUAUUGGCAAUUUUGGUAUAUUUUUAAUAAAGCUUGCGAACUUGGGGAAGUCUGUGUUCUGAGUUAAUACAUACUGUGGUGGAAAAGUAGGCUACUUUGUACUCUUUAGGUGAGGCAGGCAAUCAUGCUGUGAAAUCUAUUUGUUGAAUAUUAUGAAUACAUUUUAAUUAAUAUUUGUAGAAUAUUAUUGAUCAAAGUUGACCAAUUAACCAAAGCAGUUUACCAAUUGCUUGAAAGUAGGCUAUAUGGCCUACGGAUGCACAGUUAGAAAAUGUAACCGGUUUAGGCCAUUGGACCGAAACAAUGUAAUCUCUCGGAAUGUGAGAUUUUGCGCUUGUCAUAUUUACCAAACAUCCUGAAUGGUAUUUCGUUUUCCUUGUGCUAUUGUGUUAAAUCCAUUAAUGUUACCCAAUCAAGGAUAAUCUUUUUCUCUCUUUAAAUUCAAGACUCCUCUAUCACAAUUAGGGGAUUAAUGUUCAAAGUGUAAUAGGCUACAUUCCCAAAUUCUUUGUGUUGGUACCUGGUGGAUUGUUGAUUCACCAUAUCUGAAAUUCUGUUCUUUAUACAAAUGAGAGAGAAAGGUGACAUAUCUCUGGCCCGUAAUUUGGCAGCACGAUUCCAACACCCCUGUUUUUGCAGUGGUAUAGUCCUGUUAGUCCGGGAUUGACUGCGUUUACUUGCUUAUUCCUGUACGCACAGGACCUGAGAAUGAGGUGGAUCGGAAAUUGAGAAUGAGAUGGACUGAAUCACUAUAAAUGCCCGUUUUAUAAUUCGGAAAUGGCCUUGAUGUUGAGUUGGUGGACACUUUUGCUAUCUUUGCUUGCAUUGAGCUGCGAUGGAGUUCAGGUGACAGUUCGAGAGGAGAAGAAGUUUGCCAUGCUGUUCCAAUCAGUGGUGCUCCCGUGCCAGUACUCCACGCCCUCCUCACAGAAGGCUGUGGUGCAAUGGUACUACAAGUCCUACUGCACAGAUCGCACGCGCGACUCCUUCUCCUUUCCAGAGUCCCUGGGCGUCCACUCCUCCGAGCUGGGCACCAACUCCCACCUGGACUGCGCCGACAGCAGCCGCACCGUCCACAUCGUGGCCUCGGGGCAGGGUGCCUCCCAGACGCUGUCACCACAGUACAAGGGGAGAGACAUCUCCAUCAUCAACCAGGCCGACUUGCGCAUUGGAGAGCUGCAGUGGGGAGACAGCGGCGUGUACUACUGCAAGGUCGUCAUCGCCGACGAUGUGGUGGGCCAGAAUGAGGCGUACGUGGAGCUGCUUGUAAUGGGUAGGACAGGUGAGCUGGACGAUAUCCUGCCUGAGUUUGAUAUGGAGAUAAUGCCAGAGUGGCUGUUUGUGGCAGCUGUAGUGUUGGGCAGUGUGCUGUUCCUGUUGCUGGUGGGGGUCUGCUGGUGCCAGUGCUGCCCUCACUCCUGCUGCUGUUACGUGCGAUGCUGCUGCUGCCCAGAGACCUGCUGCUGCCCGCGCCAUCUGUAUGAAGCAGGGAAGAUGAUCAAGAGCACCCAGCCCACCCCCAUCCCCAUGUAUCCCACCUACUACCUACCCGGUGUCCCCAGCAUCAUUCCCCAGCCUUCCCUCUCUGUGAUCGAGCCCAAGAUGGCCUCCGUCCCCCCGUCUGUGGAACACAAUGGCCCUGGAGUGCGCAGUGGCUAUCGCUUCCAGCAAAGUCAGAGUCAGGACUCUAUGAAGGUUGUGUACUACAUAGAGAAGGAGCUUGCACAGUUCCAGCCCAGCCAGAUGCCAAACCAUAAAUUGGCGGGAAGUGUAUCAGAAUUGAGCUCUCUGCACGAGGGUGAUACCGAUUUCCGGCAGACCUAUCGGCAGGUGCAGAGGAAAGCUCUCCCACCAAUCAGUGACUUUGAUGAUGAGCCACGCAUCCACACAAGCUCCACCUCCCAUGGACCCCGGUCCACACGCUACCCCAGCAACCACACAGAGGAGCAUCAUGAUGGACGGUGGAACCCCCGAUCGGAGCACUUGCAGAGGAAGGCGUUUGGCUCCAGGGGGCGCACUGGCUCACUGGAUGAGCUGGAGGAGUUUGCCCAAUGCUACGAUCGGCGGGGCCGCAGAGGCGACGAGAGAGACCAUGAGCGUGACUAUGACCUGGAACAGAGGCCUCGUGAUAACUAUCCGACCUAUCGAGACACCUCGGCCAGGCGUUACCAGGACAACGAUGAGGACGACGGCUGGCGCAGCCGUCACAGCCCGCCGCCUUCGCCUCGGAAACGGUCGCACACUGGCGACAGCGAGCGUCGCGGGCACCGCGGCAACUCCUACGACGACACUUUCCUCAACUCGCUGCUGGAGCGGAAAGCCCGAGGUGGGAGGGGGGCGCGGGGGGAGGAGGACAGCGACACGCCCUCUAAGGGCAGCUCCAAGAAGAGCAGCGACUGCUACUACAGCAGGUCGCCCAGCAACCGGCCAGAGGAGGACGACCCGUUGCCUCCUUACACGGAACUGGCACUGGAGCGGCAGAGGGCAGCCAACCCACCCGACCGCUACCGGACUGUGGAGCCGAGCGCGCGGCCUUUCUGUUACACGCGGCCCGUCAAUGGCCAGAGUGCGUCCCACACCUUACAGGACCGCCGGGACGAGCACGACAAGGCCAAGAAAGUGAGCACUCAUCUAAGCAGAGACUCUCUCAUAGUAUGACUCCACCAGAGAAGCUUGCGAGCGCAAAGCGCCUGGCUGUCACAAACAGCAGACUAACUAAGCAGCACAUACGGCAAUCUGACCAAGACCCAGCAGCUAACGGACUGACCAAGAAGAAAAUAACUGGAAAACUCAAUCACCCAGAAGACACAAGAAUUGUGUGUGUGUGUGUGUGUGUGUGUGUGUGUGUGUGUGUGUGUGUGUGUGUGUGUGUGUGUGUGUGUGUGUGUGUGUGUGUGUGUCAGUAUACAUGAAUAUGCAUAUUAUUGCAUGUAUUUCUCUGUUUGUAUAUGUUACCAUUACUAAGUGCUGAGUUUGUGUGUGUGUGUGUGUGUGUGUUUGUGUCAGUAUACAUGAAUGUGCAUAUGCACGUGUAUUUCUAUAUGUUACCAUUACUAAGUGCUCUGUGUGUGUGUGUGUGUGAUGUGCAACCAUCCCAGCCCACUUACGGUCUCCUUGUCUUUUUGGAGUCAUGCCUUGAUACGUCUCUGAAGAAAAGAACAAUCUAAUGAUUGUAAUGUUUUUUUUUUUUUUCAUUCUCUACAAUAAGGACCACUCUGCGUCCAACAACAGUUACAAACUGUAUGGGAGCAGUCAAUGGGAUAGGUUACAACAAUACAUCAUUGUGUGAAGCUGUUGUGGAACUAGUCCGUACUGAUGGUUCUCUUGCAGCUCAGGGUCACCUACCAGUGUUUAUAUUUCUUUUUAUAAUGUACUGUAAGUGCCUAUUAUUGCCUUUUUAAAUAAGUGUUCUAAAUUUGCACUAUAGUGUAGUGUUAGGCUACUGAUACGGAGUUAAUCAGUUGGCCCACAAUGCGGUGGCCAUUCAAAAAGGUGCCAUUCUUUUGUAUGGAUUUGCAUUUCAUAAUGUUUGUCAUUAUGAUGUUUUUGAUAUAAACAUGCUCUCUAUUUUA